AUGAACCGCAAUGUUGAGGAGCUGCCACCGAUCGUAGAACAGCGAUACGACUCCUCCCGCAACAAACCGCACAGUGAUUCGGAUCGACUCAAGGUCAUGGAGGAACGAAUGGAUCAACUGCAAGUGGAUAUGCAGACUUCACAUCGAAUGCUUCGAGAGUUGAGCUCCUUGGUGCACCGUCAACUCCAGCUCACGGUUUCGAGGAACAAGAACCGGAAUUUGAGCGAGAACUGUUCGCCCAUGGGCUUCAACAUGUACACAAAAGGACCUCCACUGGGCACUUUAGGUGGACUCGAAGCUCUGAGACUCGUGCCUCCAGAGAUGCCACAAGCAAUUAACAGCGCAGUUGACGCAUUCAAUGCUGCCGCCGCAAAACCUACUCACUCUGUUACACCUACGACGUCAGUGGACAAGAAAUCUGGAACUCUUAGUGCUGUACCAGAGACGUCGUUGCCUACCCAGAAUGGCCCUGAAAGCGCUUUAGUUCCUUCAAACGGUGCGACCGAUGAGUCUGGUCAACCACCAACUCCACUACAGCGACGUAUCAUGAAAAUUGUACAACUGAGCAAAAUGAAGGCUGAAACCUCAAACUCAUCAGACGACGAUGAAGUUUUCCGUCGUUUCUCGGUUAGCUCCAUGAACUUGACUCGAAGCACCGGAACUGUCAGGAAACGGAAGAACAAUAUAUUUGCUGAAAAACCGGCAGAUGCGAGUGUGUCUCCCGAGGAAAUCCUGAAUGCUCGCAACCUUGAAGGUGAAGUACAGCCGUAUACUUUACGACACAAUUCACGGCAUCGCCUCAUCUGGGAUACGCUCGUCAUGGUGAUAAUUCUGCUCGAUAUUGUGUUCACGCCGUUAUCUUUGGGUUUUAACUACGACUCCAACUUUCUCGACUUUUACAAUAUUUUGGAACCCGUGAUUUUCACAAUUGACUUUUUUGUGCGGAUGUUCUCGUCCUAUGUCAAUGAGCAUGGUGAUCUCAUAUCUGGUCCAAGACGUACAUCAAUGAAUUAUCUGCUGAGUGGCUGGGCGAUUCCGGAUUUUCUCAGUUGGUUCCCGUUUGAGUAUUGUGCCAACUUCAGUCAUAGUGACGCUCUUGGGUUUACUAAGAUAAUUCGGUUAACCAAAGUGAGUCAUUUGGCAUAUCGACUGCAUUCUGCCAACAAAGUGGGUCUAGUUCGGUUUCUCAUGUUGCUGGCUCUAGUUCUCACAAUUGCGCACUUAUUGACUUGCUACUGGAGUUACGUGGCUGUCGAGUGGAGAUCUCAUUUGGAAGAUGGAACCUUUGUACCGAAAACAAUGUUUGAAGAGUACAGUCUCUGCUGGUCUCUUGUAAUCGGAUGUGUCAAUGCAAGUCCUCCUGUCAUGUACUCAGCGACCGAGUUAAUAUCAGUGGCUUGUUUUAUGCUGGUGGGUAAUAUACUACAAGCCAGUGUUUUCGGAGCUGUGGCUGCACUAAUUUCGUCUUUGGAUGAGAAUGAGGCAGCUUUUAGUAAGAAGAUCAUUGCGACGUCGGAACGUUGUCGGUUCCUAGGUAUUCCUGACGAUCUUGCGAAGCGGAUCCGUGGAUAUUACGAGAAUCUGUGGCGGGAGACGAAGAGUAUCAGUGGUGAUGCCGACGCCUUUAUUAACGAGUUGUCACCUGCUCUUAUCUGUGAAGUCAAAUUUCAACUUUACCGAGAUAUGAUCAGACGAAUUCCAUUCUUGUCAGCCAAGACAUUAGCCCCUGCUGUGAUUGAAGUGCUAAUUCUUCAUCUACGCACGGUCAUUUACAUGCAAGAUGACGUGUUGAUUCGAAAAGGUGAAUUUGGAGACUGGAUGGGGUUUAUCGGGUCCAAAGGUACUGUCGGAGUGCUGGAUCCGAAUUCGGAAACCUGCAAAAUCCUUUGUAUUCUUCGGAAAGGUGAUUACUUUGGCGAGAUGGCGUUACUGCAACACACGAAGCGAUCUGCAACGACGGUAGCUCUUACGUGGGUGCAGAUCCAUGUACUCUGUCGACAAGAUCUCGACUACGUCAAAGAGAUGUAUCCGACUCAAGCGGAGAUUCUUGAAAGCGAGAUUACCAAGUAUAAGAAGAUGACGUCGGGAACUGAGCGGUGGCAGCAAGAAAAGUUUUAA